UCAGCGUCUCCGUGAUCCGCAUCUAGUCCCCGCCCACGCGGCGGACGGUGUGGUCCGUUACGAGCUAAUAUCAGCUCGACAGUUUUUCCUCCGGCAUACACCGAGGAGCAGCACGCCUGGAAAGGUCUCCUGAAAGGAUCCCAGCGGUUGCAGUGACAUGGGCACCCAACGUUCCUUCACACCCUGCAGAGCCAACGCCAGAGUCCCGCCUCAAGUGCCGAGCAGAAAAUGACUCAGCGGAAUGGAAUCAGGGGCUCCAGUGAUCCCAGUCUGGACUCGGAGACCUCCAAGGCCUUCGACCUGGCCAACGGUUUGGACCACGACGAGGGGCAGGUGGCGGCUGCUGACUGCGAGCGAGGGCGGGGGAGUGAAAGCGGAGACCCCGUCGCUAUAACAGGAGGAGCCGUCACCGCUCCCGAUGGCGGCUGGGGCUGGGCGGUGCUGGUUGCAACCAUCCUGGUCCUGGCCAUGACCCUGGGCUUUCCCGCCUGUGUGGGGAUCUUCUACACAGACCUGCAGAACGAGUUCCACGCCUCCAACAGCGAAACGUCCUGGGUGCCAUCCAUCAUGACGUCGGCGCUCCACGCAGGAGGUCCGUUCUGCAGCGUGCUGGUGGGGAAGCUCGGCUGCAGGCCCACCGUCAUGCUGGGCGGGGUCCUGAGUGGGCUCGGAAUGGUCGCCAGCUCGUUUACCAACUCCAUCGCCGAGCUUUACAUCACCGCUGGAGUGAUUACAGGACUCGGCUUCUGCUUCAGUUUCCAGCCGGCUGUCACCAUCCUGGGUCACUACUUUGUGCGUCGGCGUGCGUUUGCCAACGCCAUGUCGUCCACGGGAACGGCGCUGGGACUCUGCACGCUGCCUUUCCUGGGGAACUACCUCCACUCAGAGUUCGGCUGGAGGGGGAGCUUUCUCAUCCUGGGCGCCGUCCUGCUGAACAGCUGCGUGUGCGGUGCUGUGAUGCGGCCCCUUCAGCCCAAAAAGCAUCGCGGCCAGCCGCUGAUGGAUCACACACCUGCACCUUCGGAAAAGCAAGUGAAGCGGGAAUCGAGGCUUAGGACCGCCUGGAGGUUUUUGGUGGCCUCCGUAAAAGAACACAUGGCCUUCGAUCAGUUCCUCAACAACCGGCAUUACCGCGUGUUUGCCAUAGGCAUCACCUUCAUGAUGCUGGGCUUCGUGGUGCCGCUGGUAUAUCUGGUUCCGUACGCCACGGACCACGGCAUGGAGCCAAGCAGGGCCGCGCUGCUGCUCUCCAUCCUGGGUAUCGUUAACAUUGUGGUGCGGCCGCCGUUCGCCAUCAUGUUCAACACGCCCUGGUUCAAAGGGCGGCACGUUUAUGUGUUUGCCUCCGCUUUGCUCUUCAACGGGCUCAGUAACUGCAUCUGCUGCAUCGGGGCCGGCUUCCCCGUGCUGGUGGCGUACGUGGUCACGUACGGACUUUCGAUGAGUGUGGUCGGGUCGCUGAUGUUCACCGUCCUGAUGGAUAUAGUGGAGAUGAGGCGCUUCCCGUCAGCGCUGGGGCUGCUCGCCGUCAUGGAGAGCAUCACGCUGCUGAUUGGACCUCCUCUGGCAGGGAUCCUGGUGGACAGCACGCAACAAUAUUUCUACGUCUUUAUCGCCUGCAGUGCCGUUGUUGCCUCCUCCAGUCUGUUCCUGAUGCUGUCCUUCCUCUGGCUGGACAAAAAGGAGAGGAAGGCGUCGCAGCAGGGUCAGCUCUCCGCUCAGCCCGAAGCGGAGAAUCCUGCGUCCGACGCUUCUCCUGUCUGCGCGUACAGCGACCGGCCCUAGCAGGGAGACGAGGCCUCAGCCGGGGGACGGAGCGUAUCACCAGCCUGUGAACCUGCUGCCACUGUGUUCACGUCGCCACUCGGGGCUCCGGCAGUUUUGCAGAUUAUUCCUGAUGUUUGGAGCAGCCUGCCAGCGAAAUGCUUGGAAUGACUUCCACUAGCUGCGUUUCCAUUGGCCGUAUAAUUGCGCAGUUUUGAAUUACAAAAACAAAUUAGCUUUAUAUGAAAAGAAGCUCAUUUUUUGCACUAGGAUGAGGUUAUUUUUCAGCCAUUUCAAAAUUAGUGUAUUUUGCAAAACUGCAAAGGAAAAACUUUUUUUCGCAUCACACGAAUCAUGUGAUCAACCAACAGACGUUAUUACUGGUGGGAAAGACAAGGACGACGACAGGAAGUGGUAGCGGGAUGAUGGCGUGACAUUUUAUUUCUUUAAUGGCGUGAACAAACUUAUUCACGUGUGAACUUAAUUGCGUUUCCUAUUUAACGGAAACGCCGCAGUUGCGAAAGUGUGUUUUUUCAACAGAGUUUUGCGCACAUUUGUAAUGGAAACACAGCUAGUGUUGGUUAAAGUUGCAUACCAAAAUGAACAAAUGUGCACUUACAACAUGAAUGUGAUUGUAAUGUUUAUUGCAAAAUGCUGCUGAUCUUAUCCACGCCAUCUGCAUCACUAGACUAUUAAUCAUGCCAGGAAGUUCAUAACAAAACUCACACUAAUUUCUGACUCUUUGCUGGAUUUAUCGCCAUUUUAGUCUUUGAGUGUGCAUAGGUGUGUACGGCAAAGAUCAACUGAGGUAGGAACCGUUCACACCAAGGCUUCUGAUUACCCAUAUGUUUACUUUUAAGCAAACGUCCAAAGACCAAACUCAGAUAACCCCAGCAGAGCAUUCUUGAACUUUUCACUCCUUCUGCAUUAAGAUUUAAGCGUGUUGUCAUGUUUGCACGAAAAUCUUGUUGCUUUUGUUUGAUUUGGUGCCUGAAAUUCAAAGGUGUUCACUGAAACUGAAGCACAACGGAGAUAAAAAGCAACUAGUUAGGAAAUGCAUCAAUGUGGCACUUAAAAAAACUAUAACCUUCUGUACCUUUAACUUGUGUGAUGUAGCGUAAAUAAAUCAUUUCUUCGUCAUAAUCAAACUAAUUAACUCCGGCUGUCUGACAGAGGAUCUGUUUUUUUUUGUGGUUUUUUUGCAUUUAUGUAACCACAUAUAACGCUUCCACCGUGUUUUACUGUUGGUGUUGGGUUGUUCUGUGGAAAAGGUGCCUUUGUUCUGCACAAUCUGCUUUUAUCCAUCAGGUCCAGAGAUCUCUCUUUACUUGAUGUUCGUGACUAGCCAACUGUAACCCAAAAGUUUCGCUUAGGAAACAAGAACUUAGAAAACCACCUGACUUGAAUGUCUUGACUGAAGCUUAGAUUUGCAUCUGUGCUUUAUCUUAUUUCAUUGAAAUACUUUGGUCUCUCCUAAAGUUCAAAAACAAGCUGCCAUGAGCCCAACUGAGUGACCCACCUUGUGAAGCUUUAUGCUAAUUCUGUCUGGAUUUUGACUCGCCUUCUUGGCAGGAUCAAAAAUGUAUUUAAAUGGUUUGAUUUCUUAUCACUGGCUUUGAGGAGGAUCAGAACUGGAGUAAUUGAGUCACAUUUUAUUCAAAUUUGAGCUGAAGAACAUGGAGGCCAGCAUCUCUGGCAGCAAAGUGGCUCAGCAACAUAAUGCUGCCACCACCGUGCUUGACAGUUUAGCAUUUUAAUAUUUGAAAGUCCCACCUUGACUCAUCCAAUCAGACUGAGGUCAGAUUUCUCUCUUUUUCUGACCAAACAAUUACGUCUUUCCUUUUUGAAUAUCCUGUAAUUUUCAGUUGAGCUGUCAAAGCCUAAAGGAACAAGACAAAUGAAUCCAAGUAACUACAUUGUCUUACGAGUCUGAUAAAUCUAUUGAUCAUAGAGACUGAGUCCAAAGCUUACAUGCUUAAAUAUUUCUCUAAGAAUAAAGUGCAAAAAAUGAAGCAUCCAUCUGCAGGAGUGUCUUACAGCUCAUUUCCUAAAUAUAUUCCUGUGCACUUUUUUUAAAUAUUAGUUUUCCUUCCACUCAACUUUCCAUUGAUGGGCUUUGAUACAGCACUGUGAAUAGCUGUCAAUUUUAGCAACGCCAUUUCUUUUGUAGCUUGAGUCAGUGACUCUCUGCUAGGCACAAAGUACACAGCCAUUCUCUCAAUUAUGAAGACCUGAAUUCAGGGAGGGACUAUGUGCGUUUCAUUUUUUUGGGUGGAUUAGUGAAAUAAAUUGUUUGAUGCUAAUGUAACUUAUUGAGAUGCAUCUGUGUUUGGGUACAGGGACAUGUUUUGAUUUGUAGUUUAACUCUAGUAUUGGAAUCUAAUGAAAAAUGAUGUGAAUCAGCAUCACUUUAAAGUAUCUGAUUUCUAGCAGUUUGAACAGGGUUUGUUUUGGACUUUUUAAGCACAUCAAGGUUAACAUUUUCCAAUAACUUCAAGUAUAAUCUAUUUUAAACCCCUGAAAGUGUCGGGAAAUCAAAAAUAACUUAUCGUUUAAAUGGAAAACAAGUCAUGUUUGUUGCUCUCUCACUCUGUCAUGGAACAGUGCCUUUUUACGUAGCUGGUUUAUUAGGAAAAGAUGACCUGCAGCGGCUCCCUUUUCACAGACGAUUCCUUGUUUCCACUGAACUGAUCUUUGAGGUGAGAGAAAGGAAGCAGCUCAAACAUGGCGGUUUAGCUUUUCAGCAAUCACAUGUUUCAGUUAAUAGUGACGCAAUCACUUCGUCCAUAUACUUUCAGAGCUAAUAAAAUGAGCAAGAAACUGUUGAACAUUAAAUAUUUCAGGUAUCAAAUGUGUCAUUGUAAUAAACUGUUUAGCCCGAUGUUUGUUACUUAUCAGAGGAUUUGUUACCACAUUUUGGAGUCUUGUCUUGCUGUUUACCAAAUUGUAUCUUUAUAAAUUCUUUAUUUAUACAUUAUGAUUUAGGGGAAAUAAAUAGUUGAAUUUUGAAAUUG